CGCGAGCCUCGACUACCAACGGCACGGUUACAUCAAUGCUGUGAGGCGCUUUAUCUGUUAAGAGAGGACUCUCCGCACCGCGGCUGUUGCUAUUAAAAUCACAACCGGAAAGCUAAGCUAAGCGAAGGAGGAUGGAGAGACGGAACGAAGCCAUGAAGGAGUGAAUCCCGCUGCUACCUGUGUUAAACAGCUGACACGGCAAUGACGGAGGAUGUGAGAAAGGAAUAUGAUGAAGCCUCAUAGCUGUGAGAGGAGGAAAAGAAAUACAAACCGGCGUCUUUACCCACAAAAUGGCUCCGAAAACGCCUUCAGUUUUUGUUACACUAGGAUUUACGUAGGACAAGAAGUCUAAACGGGGUAUUUCUGCUCAACAUGUCUUCCUGUACAGUACCAGUACCAUACCGGUACAUCGACCUUCAUUUUCCGGAUAUACUGUACAAGGCUGCAGCGUGGCCUGCUUAACACAGACUUUAUUUAUGAUAAGGUGAACUCCUCCAACACCUGCUCUGAAUAUUCAUCAUUCACCCUAAUUCAUUAACCCUAUUUAAGUACCUGUUUAUCCCCUUCUCCCAUUUCUGUCCUGCCCUUCUACAGAUUUUUAGAAACAUUUAAUCGGACUCAAAGACUGAUCUCAAAACUUCAUCAAAUGCAUCUACUAUUUCAUCAUAUGUCAUGAUAGCCUCUGUGUUAUUUUUGGCAAGCACAUUAAUUAUUCAGCAGACUAUGUAUUAGUUCUGAAGUUUCAUCCUGGAAAGCCUCAGAUCCUUCCAAACCACCAUGAAGGAGGUGUGCCGGAUUUGCGCCCGUGAGCUAUGCGGAAACCAGCGCCGCUGGAUCUUCCACCCAGCAGCCAAGCUACAGGUGCUGCUGGCUCACGCUCUGGGCCACGAGCUGCGCCGGGAUGGCCGCGGAGAGUUCAUCUGCAGCAAGUGUGCCUUCAUGCUUGAGCGUAUGUAUCGCUUUGACACCGUGGUUGCACGUGUGGAGGCUCUUUCCAUAGAGCGAUUGCACAAGCUUCUGUUGGAGAAACACCGCCUGCGACAGUGCAUCAGCGGGAUGUAUCACAAGCACAACAAAGACGCGGCGUCUGGGGAGAAGGGCUGCAUGGUGGAUAUGUCGAGCCUACAUGAUGCCAAGUACUGUGCUCUGGUUGAGGAGGACUUAAUGUAUUCAGUUUACGAGUCGUGGGCAGAGGACGAGGAGCAGACCUUGGAGUGUACCCAUAAUCCACAGUGUCAUGGGUCGGACAUGUCCUCGCUCUGGCACCGGUCAAGAAGAUGCAGAGGAUGUAGCUCGCUCCGUGUACCUGACUCGGACUAUGAGGCGGUGUGCAAAGUACCCAGGAAGUUGGCACGUAGCACUUCCUGCGGCCCUUCCACACGCUACUCGGAGAGUACAUUAACAACGACGGCAUCGACAACUCUUGUUCCGGAUAGUCAGAAAACAGCAAGGGCAUCAUCUGACAGUGACAAGACUUUGGGAGGGAGGCCCAGCUCUAGCAACUCAGCAGAGUCCCUUACAUCUACCAUGGGCGCAGCACCCCCCAUUGGAGAUGGGAGGGAAGAGCAGAACUGGGACUCUGUCUUAGAGCAGCACUUGGAACGCAAUCUAGACAAUGCGAAUGCAGCCAGCAAACUGCGGCUAGCUCUGUGUUUGGUUCAGAACUUUGUGUACAAACCUAUACGUGUUCCUCAUGGAAGUAGACUGCCUGUUUUAAUCAAAUCUGGGUGUGUGGAUGCAGAUAUUAAGCUAGGCAACCCAGAACAACCCCCGAGGUCCCCCACGGAGAUGCCAGGACCACCAAGAAUUCGGCUGAGCUUGGCGAUGGAGUUGGUUGAUUUGGAGGCGAUGUGGAAUGAUGUAUAUGCGGAGUACUUGCCUUUCUGCUUAAAGAAAGUUGAAAAGAAGUCUCUGAUUGAAGAGCAGCAGUCUCAGCUGAACCAGUAUGAAUCUGCAGCUGGCCAGUGUGUGGGUGAACUGCAGAAGGCUCAGCUACAGGUUCAGUCGCUCCAGAAUAAGAUCCAGGAUAGUGAAACCAGCAGUAAGAAGCUGCAGGAGAAGCUGGGUGGAAUGGAGACUGAACUGCGUUCUAUCAGACAGGCGGCUCAGAAUCAGGAAAAGACCAUCCAGACCCUCACCGAAAGUCUUAAUACUAAAGAGACAGAGACACAAGAGUUAUACCAGGUUAUAGAAGGACAGAAUGCCACCCUGUGUAAGCUCAGAGAAAUGGCCCAUCGCAAUCAGCUUCAACAUUCACAGGUUAUAGAAGGAGGUGACCUGCAGGGUGAGGUGGUGGCACUCCAGAGCUCUCUUUUCUGCUGCCAGCUGGAGCUGGAGGCCAGUCAGCGUACACAGAGACAGAACCAGAGGGUGGCUGAAGACCUGGCACAUUCCCGUGACCGUCUGCACAGUGACCUCGAGGCGGCACUGCAGCACAGAGAGACCACCGAAAAGUACAACCAGGAUUUGUGCAGCACAGUGCAGCAGCUGCGUUCAGAGCUACAGGUGAAGGAAGCCCAGCUGAAGGAGAGUGAGGCUGAUAAACACGCUGAGCUUUUAGCCAAAGACAAAAUCAUCUCAGAGUUGCAGUAUUCACUAAGGGAGAAGGAGAGAAUGAUGAAGGAGUACUCAGAGCUGCUGGACCAGCCUGCUGAGACCGGCCGCCCCCGAGACACCCUGGUUGAGAAAUUAAAGAGUCGCAUUCGUGACCGGGACAAAGCUCUGGAGCGCUCUAUAGAUGAGAAGUUCCGCUGCUUGGAGGAGAAGGAGUCUGAGGUGCGGAAGCUGCAAUUAGCAAUCCGGGAGAAGGAGCGAGACCUCGAAAGACUGCGCUGUAUUUUGACCAACAACGAGGAGACAAUCACGAGUCUGGACGGUCUAAUGCGCAGUAAGGAGCUCGAGUUGGAGCAGACUCAGGAUGCAUGUCGGAAGCUGCAGUGGCUCAAAAAGCAGUGCGAUGAGAAACAGAUAGCUGCUUUGAGUGAGAGAGACAACAUCAUCGCACAGCUGCACACUACACUGCACACACGCAGCAAAGAGACAGAGGACCUGACGGCAGCGCUGAUGGCUAAGCUUUCCCCCUGCCCUAAUGAGGUGGUGGAGGAGCUGAAGUCACGUCUUGCUCUAAAAGAGCGGCUUUUCCAAGAGGUGCUGUCUGAGCGCAGCAGGCAGACUCAGGAGCACCACACACUGAUCCAGGACCUGCUCAAUACAAUCAGCUCCAGAGACCAGUACAUAAAGGAGAGCGGCGAGAGGUUGAGGCAGGUGAUAGUAGAGCGGACCGGGCAGCUACAGGAGAUGCGCAGGCAGCUCUCAUCACGUGAACAGGAGUUGAGUGUAGUGACACGGGAAAGGGAGCGGGAGAGAGAAAGACGAGCUCCACUGGCCAUGGAGAUGGAAAGACUUCAGAGUAUACUGAGAGAGAAAGAAAGCCUUAUACAAGAUCUGAUGCAGAGCCAAGAAGAGGCACAGGCAACCUCCAGAUCAUCAACAACAACACUGAGAUCAGGGGAAGGCAGCUCAGACCUGGAGAUGCAGGCGGUUAAAGAGGAGCUUCAAAUCGCCCUGAGGAAACAAAGAGAGACGGAGCGGGAGCUUUUGGACUUAAGAUCUGCUUUGACCAAAAAGCCUGAAAAUCGCAUCAUCACUGACCCCCAGAGUGCUCUGGAGCAGUUGGUGUCAGAGUACCAGCAGCUCAACCAGGCUCUGAGAUCUGAGAAGAAGCUCUACCAAAACCUGAACCACAUGCAGUCCACAGGAGACAGCAGUGCGAAGAAGACACAGGUACUGCACAUGGAACUGGACACGGUUCAGGCGCUGCGCGGGCAGCUGGAAGAGGUCCUGAGCAGGACCCGAGACACAGCUCUGGCACUGGACAGGGCAGCUAAGGCCCACGCUGAUUAUGGAGAGUUCAGCACAGAUGAGGAUGAGGACGAGAUCGAUGAUGAUGAUGAUGUUGAUGAAGAAGAUGAAGAUGACGGCAGCAGCAGUGAAGAAUUCACUGACAGUAUAGAAGAAGACGUUAAACCGAACACUGAGAGUCUGGCCAGCACAGAGAAUGCUGGGGUGUCUGAAGGACCAGUGAGCAGGAGAAUAUCCCAGGAGGCCAUGAGGGGAGGAUGUCAGGAUGAAGUGAAGCGAAAGAAGAAGGAAGAGAGAGAGACAGGAGAAGGAAAAAGCCAGUCCAGUCAGGCUGGCUGUUCCUCACUCUCUCGGGGCAGAUCAAACCUGCAAGAGGAAAACAACGAGCUGGAAUUGAAUGGAAGUGGGUCUGGAUCCAGACAGGAUUCCGUAUCCGGGUGCGGACUGGGAACAGAAAGUAAUGUAUCUGUGAAGUGCAGAAGGUGGGAGCAAAGUGAAACAGACAGGCUGAAUCCUCAUGACCAGCAACUAACUCAGAUGCUCAUUGAGGAAGAAGAGGACGAAGAAGAUGAAGAAGAGAGGGAGGAGGUGGAGGAGGACAUUCGAGCCUCUAGGGGAAAGCGUUGCCUCCCGAAUGUGACUCUGAGAGAGGGAGCGGUGAAGAGGAGAUGUAACAGACCUCACUCUCUGGAUCUUGGAGUUCUACUAACUCAUAAAGCUCAGAGUGAAUCUAAAGCACAGGAGACUGAGGGAGAACGUGGCGGUUCUGCAGGGUUCUGGCAGCAUGUCGAGGCAGGACUACGUGAGCAAGCGGAGCGCCUUCGUAGUGACCUGGCGCUGAGCCGCCAAGAAAGCCGAGAGCUUCAGGAGAGAUUGAUGGUGUCGGAGGCCACUGUACAUGCACAGGCUGACCAGCUCAAGGAGUACAGAGAACUGCUGACGGAGAGUGCGGUGCAGCAGGACAGUAAGCAGGUGCAGGUGGAUCUGCAGGAUCUGGGCUAUGAGACCAGCGGCCGCAGUGAGAAUGAGGCCGAGAGAGAAGACACAAGUAGUCCUGAGCUUGAUGAUGUGGAACUGUGCAACUCUCUCUCCCGGCCGUCAUAUGGCAGUGUCGGGAAUUCUUGGCGUCAGCAUGGUGACAGUUCCCAGCCAAACGACUUGUUGGUGCAGGACCUCCGUGCACAGCUCUCCCGCUGUCACAAAGUGAUCCGUGGACUGCAAAUCCGCGUGCGCUCACUCUCCGCUACCUCUGACUACGCUUCCAGCCUUGAACGCACACCACGCAAGGUGAACUGGGCCUUUCAAGAAUCUCCUGCCCACAGUGGUCUGGAGGAUGACGAGGGCUGGCACUCGGAUGGGCCAGCCCUUGGACCCCCGAAGUCCAACAGAGAGCUGCAGGAGCUGGUGUCACGUGUGGCAUUACUGGAGAACCAACUCCGCACCAGCAAACUGGAAGAAAAAAGAGGGACAGAGGAAGGGAAGAGUGCUACAUGGCCUGGAAAAUACAACACACUGAUCCAGGCUCAGGCACGGGAGUUGUCACACUUGCGACAGAGGAUGCGCGAGGGACGAGGAAUCUGCCACAUCCUCACGCAGCACCUCGGCGACACCACCAAGGCGUUCGAAGAACUGCUCCGGGCCAACGAUAUCGAUUAUUACAUGGGGCAGAGCUUCCGAGAACAGCUUUCCCAGAAUUCCUCACUCACGCAGAGAAUCAGCAUAAAGCUCAGUGGACGAGAUCGGUCAGAAGUGCAGGACGACAAAAUGGGCCAUGAACUAUUAGCCUUAAGGUUGAGUAAGGAGCUCCAGCAAAAGGACAAGAUAAUCGAGUCUCUCCACACAAAGCUGCAGCAACGCCCUGACACGCCCUCCAGCAGCCACGCCCCCUCCGAGACAACAGACCAAUCUGACCGCACUUCCUUUGUGUCAGAUGAAAGGGCUUCGAUAAACGAGGAUCUGGAACUUUGUUCUGAGGUGGAUGCUGCUAGCGAAUAUGCCCAGGAGGAACCUGCUCCUAGGUCAAAUGAUACAGACCGCACGUCCAUCCUCCCUGUCCCUCCCUCUAUUCAGUCCCCUAUCUCCCCCUACAGGCCAAAGGAGAGUAAAGCAGGUAGGCAGGGUGCGUAUUCUGCUCCCUUGUAUGGUUCUUUGCCCUUGGCUCGGACCCACCCCUGGUCCAACUCCUCAAAUAACUUACUCUCUGACCCAUUGCCCUAUUUUGGGCCAAUGACAGCAGACCAGCACCAGCAGGGUCUGCGCAGAGCACCGGUCCGAAGUUUUAGUCUACCGCAUUCACUGAGCAGCUAUCCACUGAUGAGCUCGACACUACCCGAUCCCUCACAUUACACCCAGCUAUUGCAUCAUUCCUUACACCAGCCACAGAAAUCUGACAGCAGCCUGGUAGGGAGCACCGCACCAUGGGACAUGGACAACAUGGGUCAAGCAAUCACAGGCUUCUCUGGAGCAACUAGUUACCAGACUGGGAACAGCCAUUCGGGUGUGGACCUGAUUGAGGAGCAUCUGUGUGAGAUCCGUACUCUGCGGCAACGUCUGGAGGACUCCAUCAGGACCAACGAGAGACUGAGACAGCAGCUGGAGACUCGUCUGGCCAAUGCAUCCAGAGACGGAGGAGCACCCACAAAUAUCUACAUCCAAGGCCUGGACACUGUCACUCAGCUGUCCAAUGAAAUCCGAGUGCUGAAGGAGGAGAAUCUGAGUCUUCAGUCCCGUCUGCAGGCAAGCAGAGACAACAGUAAGGAGGUGGCGCAGUUGCGUGAGGCGGUGGUGUCUGGACGGGCACGCCUGAAACAGGCGGAGUUAGAGGCAGAGCAGUGGAAGGAGGAGCUGAGGAGGCUUCAGACACACAACUGUGAGCAGAGUAAGCAGAUUCAGCAGCUUCGGCAGGAUAGGCAGAGCAACCAGGAGCACAACAACAGGUUGCAGCAUGAGGUCAGUCUGCUUCAGCAGCAGCUCUCUGAAAGCAGGCAGCUGUUGCACUCUCUGCAGUGUGAACUCCAGCUAUAUGAUCGCGUGUGUGGCGGGAGCAAAGGCGUCCCCACAGGUUACCUCUCUGAGCUGCCGUACUCCUGCGCUCCAGCUGUGGGAGAACUGAACCAGUUGUUGGUGGAGGUCCGGGCUCUCCGAGCUCAGCUGGAGCGCAGCGUCCAGGAGAACAGCGCUCUGAGACUACAGUUGCAGAAACAGCUGGAGCAGCAGCUGUCCUCGGUUGGUCUGGAGCCGAGACCAUCGUCCCUCAUACCAGCGAGCCCGCUUCGGGACGCCCUCUACAGGAGGCAACUGCUGCACGACCCGUCUCCUUCUCCUCCAGUAAGGGACGUUGGUCCAUUCCCUUCCGGUCCCCCAUGUUCUCCUUAUUCGGAGCUUGAGGAGAGUUCACUCACAGCUAACGACUCUUUGGAGCCUCACGGAGAUUUGGAGGGCGAUGCCCCAGACGGUUCAUUCGCUAACCGAAACGGGCGCCACGCCAUCGGGCACGUGGACGACUUCAGUGCUCUUCAGCAGCAGGUUAUGGAGGGGAGAGGGCUGGUGCAGAGGAUGGAGGCCACGCUGAAUACCUGCCUCAACACUGCACUGAUGGAGGUCAAUACCGGAAAGGCUCUGGAUUAUGCCAGUCUGAAGACACUUUUAGCAAACACCAAGACACUGAGGCAGAUUUUGGAAGAGGCCAUGUCUCUGCUCAAGAUGUUCUGGAGAGCGGCGCUUCCCAGCAGCGAAUGCCCUGCCCAGUAUCUUCAGAAAGAGCAGUCGAUGAAGGAAGAGAUCCAGUCGCUGCGAAUGAGGAUAGCGGAGCAGGAAGAGGUUCUGCAGAACACCAUACAGAGGCUGAGAAGCACCAGCCGCACUAAAGAGAGCAUGGAGACCUUUAUCGUCAGCCAAUUGUCCAGGACUCGAGAUGUCCUGAAAAAAGCCAGAGCCAAUCUGGAGAAGAACGAGCUCAGGAUUUCUUCUUUAAGCUCCUCCUCUUCCUCCCUUUACCAUGGUAAAAUCCUCAAAGGUGCCUAUUCAGGGUCUUCUGAUAGGGAUGGCCUGAACGCUGCGAUCGCCAUGGAAACCUCCAAUCCAAAAUUCGCCAAGAAGCGCGCCAGGGAGUGCCUUCACUAAACGGCGUCUUAAAACCAGCCGGGACAACCUUCACCUGUCCAACCCCCUGCCUUAUCCUCUUACAUCAUCUUUCCUCAGAUUUACCUCUUAUCCCUUCUUUUCCUGCCCUGAUCUUUUGCCUUACCGUGAUUUAAAAAAUAAAGACUCGUCAGACACACAUUUGCCUUGAAAAGGGAUAUCGUGCGUGUCCUGGCUGCUAUAGGAUGGUUAAAAGUUAAGGAGUGUAUUUGGAUAUUAGAGGUGAAAUGUUAAAAAAAUUCAAUAUACACAUAGAACGGGCAAGUUCAGAUCGUUCACAGAUCGUUCACAGAUCGUGUAGGACAGAUUAGACUUUACACUAGGUGGGGAGGUGGAUACGGUGUGUGUAUAUAUAUAUAUAUAUAUAUAUAUAUAUACAAAUUGCAGCUAAACAUACUGCCAGUAAAUCCCAUUGAGAAACUCAGGGGUUAUAGGCAAAGAAAUACUACAAAAGCUUUCUGUAAAGCUACAUUUUACAGACGAGACAGAUCGUCAGGAUCGUCAUCCGCUGAACUAACCGGUGCCUACAGUACAUUAAAGGCUCGUGCAGCCAUCACUGAAAAUGUGCCACGCCUACUCACAGUAAGCUCCGACUCAUGAAGAGCACCGAGCAAGAAAACACUUUUAUCAGGUUUAGUUCUGAAACGCUAUUGUCUGUCGGAGCCGUCGCUGAUCGCCGCUUUAAUCCGAGCUCAAACGAGCAUGUGCAAUGCAACUUGUGCCAGCUUCCACUGACACUGGAACUACGUGUUUUGUAACAAUGAAAGACCGUCAGUGCAAUAUUAUGACUUGUAUUCUUACUAGUAUUAUUCUGUAACACUACUGAUAUUGUUCUUGGACAGUAUUUGCAUGCGGGGCUGGGGGGGGGGGGGACUAACUAAAAAGAUCACCUUGGUGUUGUGCUGUAAGGUGAGGUUCACCAAUACUUGCCAAAGUUUGAACUCCUAGUUUCCCUUUUCAAAAGUAUUACCUUGUCCAUGCCAUUCGCCAAGAAGUUCAUCAGAUUCUUAUUCAUUUAUUAUUACUUAUGAUUUAAGUGCCAUUUUAACAUCUUAAAUAAAAGUGACAUUGUUUCAGACAUUAUUGAGAAUGAUUAAUAUUGCUUGAUUAUGUUAGAUUCUCUUUAAAUAAACUCAUUUACCAAGUGAGUAUGUAAAUUAGGACCAAACCAUGUUUCUACCAUUCUCACAGCAAGGACACAUCACAUCAAAUUAAGCAUAAAAAAAAUAAAAAAGAAAGAGAUUCACACCUUGGUUUGUGCACUUGAUACGCAGUAACAAACUUUGGCAAGGGAUCUGGUGUGUCCAGAAUGAUGCUACUGAUGCCACAAAUAAAUAUAACUAGCCAAUCACAGUUUGAGGUGUUCCUUAGCUGCUUGAGCUUGCUUUAUUUUAUUUUUUUCCUCUUUUCAGUGCUGUAUAUAAUUAGCUCUUUACUAUAAUGUCAUUGUGUGGUUCUCUUCACUAAUUUUUCCUCUAUAUGCAAUGGUUCAGUAUCUGGGUAGCUGUGCAAUACUUUGAAUCGCAGUGUUAAUCCUGUACUCGGAGCACAAUUCGCUUAUUCUAGGCUCCCGAGUUGGCGGUAAAGUUCUAGUGUUAAGAGGUAUGCUAGCUCUCACAAAGCCACAGGUUUUAAUGGCUGUUCUUAUAAACCUCAAGAUGUUGCUUUGCUUGCCUUUAAGGCAAAAAGCCAUUAUAGUUCAGUCUCAGCUGCAAAACAAAAAAACUUUUAGCUACUGCUUGUUGUUAGGUGUAGAUAUUAAAAUAUUUGAAGCAACAAGCCUGGCUGUGUUUGCUCUCAGCAUUUUUCUCAGCAAGAAUUAAAAGGAAACAGUUUUAAAAGUAGAGUAUGGUGGAGUUUCUCCAUUUAAUCAGGUAAGAUAUGACUCGACUAGGAGAUGGCUUUUGGGUUAAAUUGCUAUAAUGAGGUUUGGAAGAAUACCAAAGUAAAGCCAUUUUUAAACGUGAAUUUGUUGUUGAACUGAUACAGUUGUUAAGUUGCUGAUACAGAUGCUGGAACCAGCCAUGAGAAACUGAAAAAUUGUAUUAUGUGUAUAUAAUGAAUGAAGGCUGAUUUGUUGCCACGGAAACUGUUGUGUUUGUGUAAUGCAAUAAAAGGUCAUGGAUGCACCAGA